AUGGAGAAUCGCUGCAGGAAAAGGCAAGUUCUGUCUUUCUUUCUGUGUCUGUGUGUGUCCUUGGGGGCGUGUGAGACGAUCCGCUUUUCUAUGCCCGAAGAGAAGAAAAGCGGGUCCCUAGUUGCUAAUAUUGCAAAGGAUUUGAAACUGGAUGCAGGGCAAUUGUCUGGUCGCAGUGCCCGGCUGAAUUCUAAAAGCAGCAAGCAAUAUUUUGAGCUGAACACUGGCUCCGGGGAUGUGAUAAUAAAGGAGAAAAUAGACCGUGAGGAUCUGUGCGGACAGAGGGACCCGUGUUUGCUGCAAUUCGAAAUUGUGUUGGAAAAUCCACUGCAGCUGUACAGAAUGGAGGCACAGAUAGAUGAUGUGAAUGACAAUUCCCCUAAAUUCUCUAAAAAUGAAUUCGUAUUUAAAAUACCUGAACUGUUCCCCGUAAAUAGCCGCUUCCCCUUGGAAAGGGCCCGAGAUUCAGAUAUAGGAACAAACGGCAUCCAGAGUUACGCAAUCAGCUCCAAUGAGCACUUCAGCCUGGAUGUGCUUUCUCAGGGGGACGGCAAUAAAUACGCGGAGCUGGUAUUAGAGAAACAAUUAGAUCGGGAGGAGCAGGCGCAGCUGAUGCUGAUUCUCACAGCCGCCGAUGGGGGCCUGCCACAGAGAACCGGCACAGCCCGAAUACGCGUUAAUGUGCUGGACAACAACGAUAAUUUCCCGCAGUUUAGUCAGUCGGUGUACAAGGUGCAGUUAAUGGAAAAUAGUCCUAAAGGUACUUUGGUCACUAAGGUUGAAGCCAGUGAUUUGGAUCAAGGCUCAAAUGCAGAAAUCACCUAUUCAUUCGGGCAGAUCCCUGACGGAGUCCUCACGUUAUUUCAGCUAAAUCCGUUCACUGGCGAAAUCACUGUUUUGGGGAUAAUUGAUUUUGAAGAAGCAGAAAUGUAUGAAAUAGAAAUUCAGGCCACGGAUGGCGGCGGUUUAUCUGCGCAUUGCAAAGUCCUGGUGGAAAUCGAGGACAGGAAUGACAACGCUCCGGAAGUGACACUGACAUCUCUCACCAGCACCAUACCCGAGGACUCGUCCCCGGAGACAGUGGUGGCCCUGUUCAGUGUGAGCGACCGAGACUCCGGGGACAAUGGCAGAACGCUCUGCUCCAUUCAGGACAAUGUCCCAUUUGCUUUAAAAUCGACUCUGAAGAAUUAUUACGAGCUUGUUACGCAAAAGCCCCUGGACCGAGAGAAAGUGCCUGAGUAUAACAUAACCAUCACAGCCACAGACCGGGGCACUCCGAGGCUCACCUCCGUGAGGGUCAUCCGAGUUCAGCUAUCGGAUAUUAAUGACAACCCCCCUGUAUUUAAUGAAAGUUCAUACGUCAUGUACCUGAAGGAGAACAACCCCCCGGGCCUGUUGAUUGGAACUGUCCGUGCUGCUGACCUAGACACGGAGCAGAAUGCCAAAGUGACGUAUUCGGCAUUGCCUGGCAACAUCGGUGACCUCCCCUUCUCCUCCUCCAUCUCCAUAAACUCGGAGAACGGGAAGGUGUACGCGCUGCAGUCUCUGGAUUAUGAGCAAAGGAGGGAUUUCCAGGUUACAGUGAGAGCUGCAGAUGGCGGGCCCCCGCCACUGAGCUCUGAAGUCAUUGUCCGAGUUGUGAUCAUUGACGAAAAUGACAACGCCCCCUUCAUUUUAUACCCUCUGCAGAACAGCAGCUCCCCCGCUAAUGACCUGGUUCCCAGAUCGGCGGAGGCGGGUUCCCUGGUGACGAAGGUGGUGGCUGUGGAUGGAGAUUCCGGUCAGAAUUCUUGGCUUUCCUACCAGCUGCUCAAGGCCACAGACCCAAGUCUCUUCACUGUGGGGCUCCAAACCGGGGAAGUGAAAACCAGCAGGCCUAUAACGAGCCCGGACUCUGUGAAACAGAAACUUAUCGUCCUGGUUAGAGACAACGGAGAGCCGCCCAGAUCCACCACCUCGACGCUUAAUGUGCUUCUGGUGGAUGGGUUUUCAGACGCUUACAUGCAGUUACUGGAUGUACCACAAGAGGAGGAGCAGCAGGACACGUUAACCCUGUAUCUAGUCAUUUCUUUGUCUUUCAUUUCAUUCCUUUUUCUGGUUUCUGUGGUAACGAUUAUCUCGGUCCGGCUGUACAAAACAAGGCAGUGCCGAGAUCAGUAUGUUCCAUCGUCCAGGAACUUUUAUAGUGACCGCAACUUCCCCACAAAUCGUGCAGAGACGAGCGGCACUGGGACUCUGCCUCAAUCUUAUUGUUAUGAGGUUUGCUUGACAACUGGGUCUGGUACCAGCGAGUUUAAAUUUCUCAGGCCGCUGAUACCGUCUCUACCCGCUGACACCAUCUCUGCAGGAGGGUCCAUACUUGACUCUCAGAUUAACUCUCAGCUAAAAGAGGAGAAAGAAUCGGUGAGAGAGGUGAACCACAAGGUGGCGAUAUUAGCAAAGACGGUGCUGAAAAUGCAUCUUUUUGGACUCUGUCGGCACUCACUGGAAACUGCAUGCAGACGUUUGGAUCCAGACGGCAACGGGUCUGCGCCGGGAACGGAUGACAAAGGAUUACAGGGAAAGGGCGGUUGA